AUGGUGAUUGUCUCUGAAUAUGCUGCCCUGCUCGUGGCAUUCCGACGCGAGGAGACCAAGGAUAAGGUCCGCGAGAAGGCGCAGCACGUUGUGCACAAUUGCUUGAAUGGUUUCGAGGACCGGUUUUUUGCCCCGUUCUGUCGAAUAUAUGUGUUCCUAGGCGUGGAGGACAGAAGACAGUACGGGGUCCCACGCCAUGACCUCACCAGUCAGAUCGCUCACGAGCACUUCACCCAGCCAGACCACGCCGAGGUCUUCAUGUCCGAGAGGUUGUCGUGGGAUAUAUCCACAGAGGUAUAUUUCCAUCCAUAUCGGUCCCGUCUGGCGAUCUCCAGGCCUACAUCAAGUUCCGGUCCAUCUUCGACCAGCCCUUUCGCGUCUGGAGCUGGCCUGAAGUGUCGGUCGUCGCAAAACAUCGCAAUAGGAAUGUUGAGAUCUUCUAGUCACAAUAUACCCACUGCUAUCAUGUCACAAGAAGCAAAAACACCUCAGCAAGAAACAAAAGAAGAAGUAAUCCGCAAAAACCUCCCUGCGAUGCUUCAGACAGUGAUGAAGAACAGCAAGCCGCCUGAAAAACCAGCAGAACUCAACUCCAAUCGUCGAAGCCUAGUCGUGCCUUCCAGCGAGAUCAAGCUGUACAAAUACGACAAGAUCGACUGGGACGAAUACGCCUUUGCCCAGACAGACGUCCUCCGGGGCAACUCCAUUAUCCUGGUCGUGUCCGAGCAUGCCUUUCUGUUCGCGCAGUUCGCCAUCGAUGAGACCACGAAGCAAGUGUGCGAGAAGCUGUUGACCAUCCGUGACAGAUACAUGACGGGCGUCGACAACUGCAUGACGACGUUCGACAACUGGUUCUUCGCCCCUUUCGUCCGCAUCUACGUCUUUCUGGCCGUGGCUGACGCAAGGCCGUCGGGCGUCCCGCCAACUGAGGACCAUACCAGCAUCGAGAACAAGCAUUUCAUCCAGCCAGACCAUGCGGCGAUGCUAACGAGCGAGGUGGACAGAUGGAAAGCGUCGCGAGCCUUCUUGCCCUACAUCCUCCCGGCGGACGAUCCUCAAGCUCAAGCGUACAUCAGACUCUGUCCAGUCAAGGACCACCCCGAACGGAUCUGGCAGUGGCCUGAAGUGACUGUCGUUUCCAGCAACCCUGAUAAGGAUGGCGCACUCUGGGUGACCGAUUACUCUGCCGAUGGGAAAGAGUAUCCGCCGAAUCUUAAGUUACCGUAUAUUGACUUCAUUCCCGGAGAAGAACAUGGACGUCUUUCAAAAUAA